CUAUCACCCUUCUUCUCACUCUCAAAAGUUAAUUCUGCCAUGGACAAACAUGUAAUUUUUUUCACAGAACGGAUUUCACUGUUACUGCGACGUAAAAUGUUCCGUCUGUACUUUGACGAAGAAGAAAGCUCUAGUGGACACUCAGAAUAAAAGGAUGCCGUGAAGGAGCGGCAGAGGACUGAUUUGAGGAAAGCAAAAAAUGAAAUUCCCCAGAAUUUGCAGAGAGUGAUACUCUGUGAUGUUAAUCGCUUGCUUUUUCUUUUUCUGAUACUUGCUUUGCCAUAUCACGUGUUCAUCAAUCAUCCUUUAUUUUCCUGUAUUCUCCAAUACAAUUUCCCUCACUCAUCCAAUGCACAAGCCUGUGUUGCGCAAGCGAGUGGAGCAACAUUAGCUGGGAAAAAUUUCCUGUUUAAGUCUGGAAUUCCUUCAGUGUAGCAUGCUCUUGGGAAAAUCGCUCGCUCCAAGUGUGUCCAUCUUGUACAUCGGCGUACAAUUUCCAAUAGUCUCUCUUUCGCUUUCCUUUCAGAUUUGGGGAAGUUGAAGAAUGAAGGCAAUAGACAUUUUCUGCGCGUCUCCUGCGUCGACGGCAAUAUGCCUGAGCCUGGACCAGCGCUCUCUUGUAAGGCAGGGGAGCCGCAUACUUGAGCAGUCACACUUGCUGGAGAGGCAGGGCAGCAAAGUUUUUGAGGCCAGCAAUACGACUCUGGAGCCAGGCAGGAAGAGCAAAUCAGAGAGAGCGAGAAGAAGCACAGACCGUCGUCGAAGCCAUAGUAUUACCAAUGAUAAUGCGGAUCAGACUACCAAAGAGCAGCCGCUGGAACAGAAGCCCAGGAGAUCCAGGCAUCGCAGUAGCGUGAACUCGCUAAGCCGCUUCAGUUGCAGUGCUAUUGAUCAAUCUGCCAUCAUUCCCUUCAAGCAGCCACCGGCCUCAAAGCCUGUGAAAGCUCCUGUCUUCCUUAGUGAUCCGCCUACCUCUUCCUCUUCGCUGUCCUCUUCUCCAGGAGUCACCGAGGUGGUUGUGCUCAGGGUGUCCCUACAUUGCCAGGGAUGUGCAGGAAAAGUUAAAAAACACAUUGCAAAGAUGGAAGGUGUGACAUCGUUCAACGUAGAUCUUCCAAAGCAGAAGGUUACAGUGGUAGGAAAUGUAACCCCAGUAGGAGUCCUGGAAAGCAUUUCAAGGGUAAAAAAUGCAGAGCUCUGGCCUAGCACCCAGAACAACAACUGAGAGACUAAUGAUCAAGGUCUAUCAUCGCCAUCAUCACCACCACCAUUAUAGCCAUCUCAAUAAACUCUGUAUAAUACUAAAGGUACUAGGUGAUCAGCUUAGAUAGAUAUAAUAUAAUCAUGGAGUUUCUGUUUACCUAUCUAUCUAUCUAUCUAUCAAAAGAUGCCUCUAUGCACAGUAAAUAUUGAACAGUUUCUUGUCUCUUCAUAAAUACCCCAGGGGGCUUCCAAGUCUGUAUCAUACAGCAGUAUCUUAAGUACAAGGAAAUUGGUAAA